AUGUCCGACCAACCACCACCACCAGCCUCGCGGCGCCCUCAUGAUAAUGUCACAUCAGCAGCAGCAGCAGCGACGCUGGGUUCCAUGCCGUCCGAGAUCCUACAGCAGAUCUUCAACCUCAGCACCACGCCGUCCUUCUUCCAGCUCCUGCAGGUCAACCGCCGCUUCUUCUCUCUGGCGUCGCAGAGUCGCGAAAUCAUCCUGCACCACCUCCGCCACAUGCCCGGGAUCAAGCUGGGCUUGGAGCACCACUCGAAUACCACCGACUACCUGUUCCUCAUAUUCCGGCAGCGCGCGGCGUCGCACCUCUACGGCGUCAAUUUCACCGCCGACUGUCGCAGCUGGGCACUCUCCGCUCGCAGCGGCGGCACCCUCGACCCGGGGGCGUCGUGCCUCGGCGUCGAGAGCGAGUGGGGAAACAACGUGUGUCUCGUCCGGAAGAACAGCCUCCGCAUCCGCAUGAACUGCCACAACGACUUGCCCGGCGACAUCAUCGAGUCCCCCUACGGGGAUGGCCAGGCGAAAAUCAUCCAGGUCGUGCAGAAGAGCCAUUACAUCACCGUACUCUAUGCGUGGACGCCACCUAAAGAUGAUCCCGCCCACGACACGUCCCAUCCCGAGCCGACGACGGUCAAGCUGUCGGUGAGAGAGGUUCUCGAAGAGCACGCGGCCAGGCAGCAUCGGUCUAGCAGGUAUCGUCGGCCUCCGUCGUCCACCAAGCAGCAGAAUAACCAGUCCAAAACGUCCCCCUCGCUUGCUCGGGUGCGCUACCACCUCCUCCAUUACGACAUGUUCCGGAGCGAGAAGCCCGUCUUCUUCCCCAUACCGACACACAAGUCCAUCAACGACAACAUCCUGGUUCCCGUCCACCUGGCCGUCCACAACCGUCUCGAGUGCGCCAUUCUGUGGGAUGUCCCAGACACAAUGACUCCGUCGCUCGAUGCGACAGUCUGUCUCUACACCACCGACCACCUCCCGCGGGACGAGCAGGGCGCAUACGACGUCUGGGUUCUCUAUCCGUUUGACCGUCCCAGUGCCAACUACCGGUCGCGGUCAGGUGAUCGACUUGACUCUGCGAGGGAGAAUUCAGACGACGACAUUGACGGGAGCGGAAUCACCUACACCGUCACCGCCGUCCGCGAAAAGUUCCACCGCAGCGGCUACGACGUCGGCCAGGACUUGCGGCUGUUGUACUUUCCACUGCGACCACGGGCCAUUGCAUUCUUCAAAGAGGGCCGACGCCUGUCCCUCUACGCCCCCGGGUCGAGCGUGCCGUUCACCACGCUGUUGGCCAACGAAGCCCUCCGCAGCCGCGUUCUUAGCCGAUUGGCGUCUCCCGUCGCGAACUAUCGAGCGCACAGCGACUCGUUGAGCUUGCUGCGUCGACGCGUCCGACGGACAAACAACACGUCCAUCGUGGGCGCCCACUUCACGCUCGGCCUGCCGUUCUUCACUACCCACCAGCCGGGUUUCUCAUCCGGCGGCGCGGAUCCAGACCCCAUGAUGCCCGAGGUGGCAUGCGUGAGCCACAUGCUGUGCCUGGGCGCGGCGAAGCUCCCGUCAUUUCGCCGUUUUACCGAGCAGGGUGUCUUUGUCGAGACCGGCCCGCAGGUCCUCACGAUCGUGCAGAUCCGCAAGCACGUCCUCUACGACGAUUGUCCGCACACGAAAUCCAAGGAUGAUCUGCCCCCUCUGCCCCGCCCGCCACAGGACUACCGGACGAGACGAGAUUCGACGGUACUUCUGUAUCCCACGGCCGGGCCCCUUUCCGACGUCGUCAUCGCCCCCGAAGUCGGGAACGAUGACGACGAUGCUGUUGGCAACAACAAUUUUACCGACAAUGACACUGAACCGGACGUUGACGCCGUUUCCGACACAGAUGUCGACGACGCCGACGCUGACAGCCUGCGGGGAACAGACAUGCGUGUCGCGGCGAGAUUGUGGGGGUGGACUCCCCAACGCACCACGCUGACAGGGUUGGAUACCGUAUGCAUCUCCCCCCGCGGGGAGCGGAUCGCCGUCGCACAGUGGGACCGAGUGCUCGUCUAUGCUCUGGAUCCCCGGGAGCUGUGUGACGAAAUAUGGGACCAGGACAGUGACUUUGAGGAUUUCAUGAGCGAAGGGGAAAGCAGCUCAGAGAGCGGUAGCGAGAGCGAGCACGACGAUGCCGACGAUGCCGACGACAACGACGCAAGCGUGGUGAGUGUAGCACCAGACGGCGUCCCCGAGGACGAUCACACAACCCAAGAUCCAGCCGCAGCUUCGGCUGCAGCACCACCGCCGAAAGUAGCCGCACCUGUCGCCUCAAGCACAUCCUCUUUGGAUUCGUUGGCAAACUUGUUGCACUUUUAUCCGCACACGAAUGACGGCUGGCCUCUCGAACGGAUCGUCGAGCUCCGUCCGCUCGUGCUGAAGAUGGAUGGUGGAGCGGUGGUUCGGAAGAUGAGCUGGGCAUUGGGAAAGUUGGUGCGAGAUGACGAGGAGUGUAGUAUCGAUGCAGCAGAAAUCCGCGGAAAGGCAGAGGACGCGGAAGGGCCAGCGGACGAGACUGCAGGGGGGUCGAAGGAAAAGGAAAAGGAAGACGUGGAGAGCAACAAGAGCAACAACACGGCACGGCUGACUCCGCGACGGCUCGAUGCUAGAACAUCAGCAGAUGCUGGAAGUUUCGACCCCCAGGACCGGCAGCAGCUGCAAAACCAACCGUCACCAAUAUCAGAUGUACAGACUGCCACUUUCUCGCGGGAUAUAUACAACAAAGAGCUAGGAGAUGAUUUGAAUACUGUCUUCCAUGACAUACCUCCAGCGCCCUUUUCGGACACCAAAUUGAUCGGCCAGAUCAAACACAUUGCGCGUCCUCCCGAGUAUCACAACUCCUCCAACAAAGUGGUCCUCGACUCUCCUGAGCUGAGACCCCACAAUCCAGCAGUGCUAGACUCCGGCAAGGGUAAAGAAACCGAGCUAGUAGAGAAUUCACCAGGAGGAAGAAGGGACGAGUUCCGUGAUAUGACAACAGAUCAUGAACGUGGAAUGUCUCCGGUUCCAGAGCGGUGUGAAUCGGGAGAAUCGGAACCAGUGCACAAGCGCAAAAGAAAUCCACGGAGGAGGGUUGCCGAGAAUGAAUUAGUCGUCCUGACUGACAGAGGGUUACAAGUCUGGGAUCUCAGCGUCUGGGGACGAGGCAGGCGAAUCCGUCGUGAGCUUCCGAGUGAUGAUAUUCUGCAUUAG